UGGGGCUUCUUCCUUGGCAGGGAAGCUGAAAGACUACCUGGCUGCUCCUUGUUCACAAAUUUGGCGCCGUAUUGAUCUUGGCUUAUACAUUAACUUCUUGGUGGGGUGAAAAAUAAACACACCUCCCUGACUAUGCGGAGAUUUUCUUCUCCUGGGGGAUGAGAGGGAGCUGUGUGAAGAGGAUCUCAGCAGGACAGGCUGCUCUAGGCACUUGCACAGGGAGAACAGGAGGAAUAACUUCUAUAGCCACAUCCUUCUCCAUGUCUUCUUCUCGGGAAUAGAUACAGUCCUGGCCCAGGUUAUAGUGAGAGGUCCAAGGGUUAACACUUAUUCCCAGUCCCAGCACCAGGUCAACAUUCCCAACACUGGUCCCAGCCAAUCAGAUCGCGCCCUGUCGUUGGAGCCAUCCUAUCAGAUCGUCCGGUUUGCAGCUGUCACUCACAGGUGAGGAAUGAGAGAGAAAGAAAGAGAGAAGGAGAGUGCAAGUCUAAAGAGAGAAAGAGACAGCAGCAGCACCACAGCCUGGGAGAAGAGCGGAGGAGAGUGCUGCAGAGGGGAGCCCCUCUAUAAAUCCACAGCUGGCACCCCAAGACCUCAGCUGCAGUCUGUGAGCAUGGGGAGCACAUAGAGGAUCGGCAAUACAAGGAUCAGCAGGACAAGGAUCUGCAGUCCACACAAGGGACUUCCUCCUGAGGUGCACAGAACUACAGACGCCUCCAGGCAGGGACUACACUGCAGCAACAAGUGACCCCAGGAGAAGCUCCUGACAGCCCCCAUCUACAGCUUGUCUGGAGACAAAGGAAGGUGGGGACCCCCUGUCCACCUGAGGAGGGGCUGCUGCACAUUACUGUGUGGAUCCCAAGCAGGAGACUGGAGGUGAUGACUCUCCCUAGAUGAAGACUGGGGACAGGGAUCUCCUCCAUUGCUGAGCAGUAGACUGUGGUGGUGCAGGGGCCACUUCACCUUUGGAGAUACCUGGUGAUGAUCCCAAGGUGUAUGGGAUCUCCGAUCUAUUGAUCAUCCCUGCGAUCUGAGGAGACCCCAGGAGAUCCCGCCUCAGGCUCCACAUCUCGCCCACAUGGCUUUGCGCAGCUCCAGCUCCUUGACCCCCUUUUCCAUCCAGGCCAUCCUGAACAAAAAGGAGGACCGGGGGGUGUCUUUCCCCAGGCUGGGGCGCCUGCUGCCCACCUCCAGCCCCACAGCUAACCCCCACCCCUCCUGCUGCUGGAGGCUCUUUGGGGAGGUGGGUGCAGAAGGACUGGCAUCUCCGGGGGCACCGGGGGCAUUGUCAGGGAGGGAGCAGGCUGGAUGGGACUCAGACUCUGCGCUCAGUGAGGAGGGGGAGCUUGGAAGGACGGCAGAGGGGGACAUGGUGGAGGGAUCCGGGAUGAGGAAGAGCCAGAGGCCGCUGGAGGGGAGACCCAAGGAGGAAGAAGAGGAGGAGACCCCGGGCUGUAGUGACUGUGAGAUGGCGGCCAGUGGAUCAGAUCCCAGCCCUCCAGAUGAAGACCCCAAAUGUGACCAGCUACUCCUGGAGGCCCCCAAGCAACGGAAGAAGCGAUCCCGAGCGGCCUUCUCCCAUGCCCAGGUCUUUGAGCUGGAGAGACGUUUUAACCAUCAACGUUACCUGUCUGGCCCAGAACGUGCUGACUUGGCAGCCUCCCUGAAACUCACAGAGACCCAGGUGAAGAUUUGGUUCCAGAACCGGCGCUAUAAGACCAAACGAAGGCAAAUGGCAGCAGAUUUAUUGGCUGCAGCUCCAGCUGCCAAGAAGGUGGCGGUGAAAGUUCUGGUCAGGGACGAUCAGAGGCAGUACCAGCCUGGAGAAGUACUGAGACCCUCCUUACUGCCUCUUCAGCCUCCCUACUACUAUCCCUACUACUGCGCCCUGCCAGGCUGGACAAUUUCUGCAGCUGCAGUGGCCGCCUGCACUGGGGGGACCCCCUAAUACCAAUGAGGUUCCUGACGAUAUUUAUUUCUCCUUACUGUCCCCCUAAGGACAGGGGAGCCAAAUAUUUCCCCCUGUCACCCUGCUGACCUCAUAGCAAGUCAUAGACUUGACUUUUAGAGGAUCUGCAUGUGCAGGCUUUGUCCAUGGUAUCCAUGCUGUCCACACUAUGUAUAGGUUUUAUAUAUAUAUAUAGAUAUACAUUUUAGGUAAAAAUAUUUUUAUGGAAUGGUGUUACGCUGGUUUGAAACCAGCCAAAAAAGGGUGCUAGUGGGAAAGAGAUGACAGGCCUGGACACCCAGUCCCUAAAUGAUUGCCUGGGGCAACCUACUGGACCCUAAUGGGUUUAUAGGAUCUUUUAUGUAUUUUCCACUAAUUUUUCUACUUGCCUCAUCAAUGACUGCCUUUCCCAGCACUUUCCUUGUAUAAAUAUACCUAAGUAUUUUCAUAUCUAAUGUGAAGAUGUUUUUUUUCCUAGACAUGGGGGGGAUUUCUCACAAUGGGCCAUUUCCUUUCAAAGAAAACCCGAGAAUGUUUGCUCCUCAGGAAGGGUGUAAUCUUCAGCACCCAGGCCUGACUGGUGGCCUAUAGACAUUGUGCACUCAGCCAGAUCAUUUAACCAAGGGCUUUGUGAAUA